GUAUUCUUGCUGGCACCAGUCUCCUCCUCCUCCUCCUCCUCCUUCCCCCCUCCUCUCUCUCCAACUCCUUAAACCCUAGCUAUACAUACACAAUUAUACAUACACCAACCAUACCCACAAUCCUCAUAUGAUAUAACCCACCUCUCUCUAUCUCUCUCUGAAAUUCUUCAUCAGGUCACGGGGUCUCAUAUGCUCUAACACCAACAAAAACCCAACAUGCUUCCCCAAUUCUUGAUACUGUUUCUGCUUUCAAUUUCGACCCAUCUCUUUGUUUCGGCCUCCGAACCAUCGUCUAUCUACGAUGUCCUUCGAUCCAAUGGCCUGCCCAUGGGUUUGCUCCCAAACGGUGUCAAAGACUUCAGCUUGGACGAAGCAGGGAGGUUCGUGGCCUAUUUGGAUCAAGAAUGCAAUGCCAAGUUCGAGAAUGAAUUGCACUACGAUCGCAACGUUUCGGGCACUCUCUCAUACGGUCAGAUCGCGGGACUCUCUGGAAUUUCGGCUCAAGAUUUGUUUCUUUGGUUCCCUGUGAAGGAAAUUCGGGUCGAUGUACCGAGCUCUGGGUUGAUUUACUUCGAUGUUGGGGUUGUGUAUAAGCAAUUCUCUUUGUCUUUGUUCGAAUCGCCAAGGGAUUGUAUGGCUCUGCUUCACCCGGAUCUUCAGGGUGGAAGUUUCAUUGCCCAAACUGUGCCUAAGGGUCUAUAUGCCAAGCUUCGAUAUCUACUCGAUCGGGUGAUUUCGUGAGUGCUGUUUUGUAGGUUGGGAAGGCGAGGAUGAUUAAAUUUGUGCAAUAGCUCAAUCACUACAUGGGUUUUCCCUUCGAUAUGUGUACAUGUCUUUGGAGAGUCUGGUAGCAGGUCCUAUGCUUCAUUUCAGUGUGCUUGCUUGCGGUUUUGUUUAGUGCAGAGUCUGCAAAUUAGCCAUGCCAGCUCCUGUCAACAUAAGGAUGUCGGUGAAUGGGAUUGAGAGGAUGGGUUUGCAGAAAGGGUAUAUGGAAGUGUCAUUUGGUUUCUUUUAAAUACAGAAAAUAGAAUGAGACAGGAGCAUUGGGUCAAAUUGGUUUCAGGUGACAAAUCUGCAAAGUUCUGUUUGUAUGUUGGUUUCAUUAUAAAUAUGAACAUAAAUAUGGUUGCAAGUCUUCUUCUUUUUUCUUUUUUUUCCUUUUUUUUUUUUUUUGGUAGUAUAUGCAUUAGUUGAUGAGGUAUACAUACUUCCAUGUUGGGAAAAUAAUAAAUAAAAUGGGUUUCUUUAAUUAUUUGAA